GAGAGGCAAACAGGGCUGUGGCGAUCGGACCAUCCGACUCACACAUGCGCUAUGUCAGUCAACAACAGUCGGCGCGCGCACGCGUAUCGUUAUACAGUAUUUUUUACCUUAUCCACCGGCAAAGACUACGACACCAACCAACAGUAUUGAUCGGGCAUUCGCCGCGAAACGGCGCCUCAAAAAUGCGAUACGAAUUUUUCAAUGUUUAAUCCUUGAUCGACCGAGUAUUGGACGCCCAAAUAUAAAAAAGGGCAUUAAUAUAUAGAAAUGGAAGAGUGAUAUUUAAGUGUUCUGUGAUUCCAACGAGUUGGACGGUAUGUCGAAGAUCCCCGUGGAAAAAAGUGGCAGACUAAGAUCAUUAGAACUACGAGGGAUUUAUUCCAGUAAUCAUUCCAAAAUAAAAAGUUUAGACUCUUUGGAUACAGUUGAAGUUAAAAAGACAUCACAAGAAAAAUCUCAAAAUGUUAACGAACAUUCAAAAACAGAAUUAAAGGAACAUAUCUUUUCUAAAAGCUAUGCGUCUUUAAUACCAAAAAUGAGUUUAAAUUUAGAAAAGGUAGUGGAACAAAAUCCUAGGAUUUUGGAUUUACGCGAGAAAUUAAAUGCGAUAACGAAGAAACAAGACAGAAAUGUUGAUAAAAAGACUAAAGGACUGAUAAAUGACAUUACUCAACAACUAGUUGAUGAUAAAGAUCAGGAUGAAUCGGGACCUUACAGUCUUUUGUUUGAUCUUAAGGCUGAUCCUUCUACGUCACGCGAGGAAAAAGGUGAUGUAAAUGUGUGGAACAGAAAAACAGAAAGUAAUGAUAUAAAAACUGUUGACACUUCUGAUAAAAAUUCAGACAGACUGCCAAAUGUUUUGAACUUUGAUGAUAAACCAAUGAGAGAAUUUGAAUAUUCAUGUGAAAAUGAAAUCAAUUAUCCAGUUAAAAAGUUAUUUAAUACACAUUCGAGGUCUGAUCUAUGUUUACAAUUAAAAUCACAUAUUCAUUCACGAACUUUUGAAUCUAAUUUAAGUCCAAAUGACAAUUCCUUAAGUAGAACCAAUGAAGAGAAUUCACUAGACGAUAGUUUAGGCAUAUUAACUCCAGAUCAGAUGGACGACAUUUGUUACUUGGAAAAUGCAUUUUCUCCUACAGUGGAAGGUCUUCCAAUAUUUUGUGGUACUAAUGAUUCUAAUAAAUUAUCACCAGAUAACGGGGACACUCCUUCAACCGAUAAGACUGAAAGUAAUUCGGCAGCUUCUACUAUACAAAAUGAUGGAUUUGAUAAUAUAGAUAAUGAUAAUAAAAAGUGUAUAUUUGGAAGUUCACGUGCUCCAAUUGUAAGUUUAGAAACAAUAACAAACGAAGAAACUAACUUCUUAACAUCUUACAAUAAUUCAACUCAAAAUUUAUGCGAGCAAACUUUUGAUACUAUAUCUGGAGGUUCUUUGCUAGAAUCCUCAGUUUCUAAUUAUGAACAAGAAGCGCAUUUAGAAAGUGAUCCAAAUGAUAUAUCUAAGGAUGAUAUUGUUCCAAAUUUGGUUGAUGAAGAAUUCAUGCCUUCAAUUCAUAGCAGCAUUUUAGAACCUAUUAGUUCUAUAGCGGAAAAUACGAUUAAUUUAGAAAUACCACUUAAUUCCAAGCAUGGGAAUAACACAGUAGUUAACAGAAUUGAUCAAACACCUUCACCUGAAGAUUUACCAUUGGAUAGUUCAGACCUUCAUGGUGAAAUAAGUACAUACUCUCAGUUUUCCGCCUCCACUUUGCAUGAUUCUCAAACAUAUUCUGACAGUAAAAAUGAUUAUCCUAAAUCUAUGGAGACAUCGAAAGUAUCAAAUAGUUUUAUUACAAGUAUUACUAGCAUAACGAGUUUAGAUGGUUAUCAAGGUGAUGGUGAAAUGUCAAGGCCAGUUAGUAGGGGAGCUGACCAUUCUAUAGAACAACGAGAAGAUGUUAUAGAAAUGGAUUGGCAAAAUGUACCCGUUACUAGAAGAGCAGAUCCUAUGACAGAUUCAGAUUUUUUCACAGAAAGCGAUGCCGAUGGCUUAGAUGAUCACAUGCAAAGAGGUGACCGCCGAGCUCAAGUUAUAGAUGGAGCGCUUUACGGAGGAAAGAAUGGCAAUGGAAAUCCUCCUUUACUAGUAAAUAGAAAUGACGAUUCAUGUAUGGAAUCGAGUGGAGUCUAUACAGACUUUGAAAAUCAUAGAGCUUCUCCUGUUUUCCUAAACGUAAUCGAUGAUAUGUCACCAGAAGGUUCCACCCCAUCGACUAGAUCGGAAUGUAGUCAAAAAAAUGCCAGUACUGGAAAUAUUCAUGCAUAUUUUGCGCCACUAGAAGAUACAUUGGAAGAACAAAAAUCUGUUUUAGCACACGUCGUCAUUGAAGAUGAUACUUCGAAAAAUGUAAGUAAAAGAAAUUCUUUAAAUAGCGAAAAAGAUGUAAGAACAAGUGAAAAAAAUAAAGAAGAAAAAAGGAGUUUUACUUUGAAGAAAUAUAAAAUGCCUAAACGUGAUGUGCCAAGUAAAUUGAAGACGAUGUUAGCAAACAGAAAAACAGAUGCUGAUGUUAGUGUACAAAGUAGUCCAAAAGCAGUGAAAAAGAUGGAUAGACGAGAGAUAUUAUCUAAAAAAAAUUCAUUAGAUAUUAAGAAUGAUUACAAAACGAAGUCAUAUAAAGACAUAAAGUCUAAAGUGGACUGCACUUUUUCAUUACAACGAUCACAGACAGCAUGCAGUGUUACUAGAAUGUUAAGUUCAAAGUCUACAAAUACUAAUCCGAAGCCGAAGAGCCGUCACAUGCGUAUGCGCAUGGAGAUUGGCUCCGCGAACGGCAGUGGCAAAAGCAGUCUGCAUAGUUCCCAGAGCGACAUUAGUGCCACCAGUACACCACUCGGGAAACAUUCCACUAGCCGCUUCCCCCUAUUACGGAACGGCAAGAAACGGGAGAGCGUCCCGGCGCCAACGAACCCCGCCCGUCCUCCACCUACUCCGCCACAACCUCCCAAUGUUCAGGCUAAGAAAAAUGGUGUGGUUCAAAAACUGUCCGCGUCACCAGUAUCGGUACGCGCUCGCACGUCCCUCGCUCCGCCGCCGUCGCCGCGGAAACCGGCAUCCCACCGGACACCUGUGCAGCGGCCGACCACUUUGCCUACCAAUAAAGAGCCGCCACGAGUGGCAGCGGCAGUCGGGCCACGCGGCAAGCGGGUACAAACGCCUCAACAAGUGCGCACACCCCCGGUUGCGCUCACCGCACCGCUGCCCGCUCAGCCACGAGAACAAGCCGCCGCGCUUGCACACGCUGCCAAAGGCGUCGAAGCUUUGGGCGUUUUGGUGCAGUAUUUAGUAUUCCGUUUGGAUGCAUUAAAUGGUGGCUCAUGGCGAUUAGAAGCAGAAAAAUGGCGAGGAGUAGCAGCUGCGGAACGCAGCAGUGCUGCUCGAGCUGACAGAGAUCGCCAACAACGCGCACAAAAAGAUCUCGAUACAAUUGCGGAAUGUCUGAGCAAGAUUUCAGAAUUGGAGAUAGAAGUGUCGUCAAAGGAAGAAGCUAACGCUCGUCUCCAGGCCACUCACAUCGAAGAAGUUGCUGUUCUUGCAAAUGAUAUUAAGGGACUUAAGGACACCAUCGAGUCUCUAAAACAUGAAGUAGCCGAGAGUAGGGCGCGACUACAUGCGCACAGCGAAAUCGAGCGAACCUUGCGCGCGCAGCUUGAAGCAGCGCGGGCUGAGGUAGAACAUAGCAAGCAACAAUUGCGCGCAACGGCCGAUGCGGCGUGUGACAAGUCUUGUACAAUGUGUGACGCCGCCUGCGAUCCGGUCCGGUGCGAAGCGGAAGAUUGCGAGCUGCGAUUAUCUGCGAAUGAGGAACUGAGCACAGAUGCCAACGAAUUAGCCGCUGAGGUACGCUCCCUUAGAGCAGUGAUAGAAUUAAAGCAAGCGGAGAUGGCGUCACUCCGCGAUGCCCGUUCAGAACUAUCCGCGGAGCGCGAACGACGUGCCGCAGCAGAGCGCGAUGCCCGUGCUGCGAGGCACGCCGCCGAAGAGUUGCGGGAGCGGGCCGCCGCACGGCAACGCGACGCCGACAGGUUGCGGGACGACAAUAGGAGGCUCCGCGACGCGGCCGCACGGGACAGAGACCACGCCACGAGAUUGGCAGCUUUGAACGAGGAGCUCAGAUACAAGCUUAGGCAGAAAUCUCAGGUGGUAUCGCUGUUAGCUGGCGGGGGUUACAUAGAGCGUCCGCCGAUGCGCACACGCACGUCGUCUGCCGACUCGGUCCGCUCGUCCUCGCCGCCGCCCGACUCGCCACCGUCGCCGGUGGCGUCCCCCGCGCCGGACUCGCCUCCGCUACCCGCUGUCAAAGGAGUCGUUGAGAAGCACGACUCUGUCAGUUGGGUGCUUGAAAUAGAAGAGACGCCCGAGGAAGUGGCCUCGAGGUUGGCAAGAAGAUCAUCGUUCCGUACAGCUGCCUCCCCAAGUGGGGUAAAGCGCCGUGGAGGUGGUUCUCCGGGUAGCGGUUCGCCUGCACCGGCGUCGCCCGCACCUAAUGCCUCCAAACUGUUCAGGCCAGGAGACCUCGACUUCCCACCGCCGCCUCCCCCUCUAAAAGAAUCAGCGGGGGAAGCGAUUUACAUUUACGAUGACCGUCAGUAUUGAAACAGAUGAAGUAUGAAAUGGAGAAGUAUGAAGGAAUUAUGAUUCGUGAAAUACUAGUCUCGCGCUCGUUGAGUCGCUUGAAGGUAAACCGUGAGUCGGCGCACGGAAUAUCAAAACUGGAGAAGGCGUGACAAAACCUCAUUUGAUAUUCUUGCCGAAAUUCGAUUCUAGUACUGCAUGUUACACAGUCAUAGGUUUAAUAAAAAAAGUGGGACCCAACAGGAAUGUUCGCAAUUUAUUAUUUAAUAUAACGUUAUGAAACAACGUUAUGAUGAUUUUACUAUGGUUUUGCAUGGUUUGUUAGGUGAAAAGGAAUAUUGAUUGUUCAUAGGAUUUGGGUUCGACUGCGCAAGUAUCGUAACGUACCUAUUAAUUUAAUGGACACUACGACUUAUUUAUGUAAUGUGCUUGGAUAUAUUUCAUGUUUAAAAUGCAAGUUUGCUCUUUCUUAACAGAAUUUAGCUUGAGAUGGUAAUUAUUAUUCUCGUAAAUGUUAUUACAAACAAUACCUUAGAUACUUUGUAGAUAUUAUGUAGAUAAAAUGGAGCUACAAACAUAAAUUGUUUCAAUUUUAUCUUCUUACAUUGCUGAAGUGUUGUAGGUGGAAAAGCUAUUGAAAUAAAUUAUGUUUGCAGCGUAUAACCACAUUAAUUAUAAGUCUCUGCUUUUCCCAAGAUUAUGGCCUUGAAUGUUUAUUGUGUAUUAUGAAUCUGGCUACAUUUUGAAGAAAAGUGUUUAUGUACCUGUAAAUUGUACCAAUGAAUAAAAUGUUACUAUAUUCCGUUCACUAAUGGAAAUAAUAUAAUAUUCACUAUAAUUAUAGUCGUAUAUUUACUCAUAUAAUUAUAUAGAAGUCUUCUUGCUCAUCAAUAUAAAUUUUAUAUUAUACUAACUUAUAUGUAAAAUAGAUAAAAUUAUAUACUGUUUUGUUAAUGUUUUGUUCUUUCUUGAAAUGCUUUCUUCCUUGACUCUUUUAUUUCCCUUUGUGUGUUUUCUGCUUUUAUUCAUUGGUGCAAUUGUUCUCAAUUGUAAUUGUUCAUAACUAUAAGAAAAACAUUUUCAGAAAAUGUUGUAUCCUGUGUAUGGCGGGUCGAUAGCAGGAUGUUGUCUGCAUUAAUUAGCAAUAGAGUGAUCUUAAAUGUUUAUAUUGUUUUAUAUCCAUUGUCGUAUUUAUAACUUAAUUAUUAUAGUUUAUCGUGGUUGUUGGCACUGUAUUAUUUUUAUGUACAAAUAACAAUUUUAAUGAUGAAAAAAUUAACUUAGUUCUAAGUGAAACAUAGUCUGCAAAUAAGACAUUGUCCCUGCAACAUUUAUUGAUGCUGAUUGUUUUCUUUAGAUUGGUAAUUUGCUUUUGCAGUGAUGUGUUUUUAAAUUAACGUUUUAGGUAUUUUACUUUUUAUUCAUAAAAAGAAUGGUUUCACUACUUAGAAAUCGUCAUUAAACAUCUAUAAGAAGCCAAAGAGUCCCAUUGCGUAAACUCUUUGUCAUGUUCCUUAUGUUGUUGCUUAGCAAACACAAUUUGCAUGCGUUGGAGUUGUAAAUUCAAGUAACUUUUUAUUUAUUUUUAAGCUAAACAAUAUAAAUAAUACCAUUCCAAAUUAAGAAUUGUAAGCGAAAAUAAUUAUUACUUGAUUACGGAAGAUAUUAAUAUAAAAAUAAAAAUAGUACGUUAAAA